GCUAUUUGGUGCAGCAUCUUUUUUUAUUUUUUUAUUUUUUUCACUCAUGCUUGAGUUAUGAAUGAGGAUGACCUCUACAAUCAUGAUAUCUCCCAUAGACUCUAUUACUUUUUCCUUUGCCAGCUUUUCUGAUGCAUGGUCCUAACACUUCUGUGGUUUACUUUGAUCCAGACUGUAGUCUUCAGCUGCCUUAACAGUUAACUCAUUAGAACAUUAGAAGGAAAUAAAUUGAGGACAACUUGUUGCCAUUUCAUUUUCAUUAGAAAUCAAACAUCAUAGAGAUGGCACAGAAAUAGCUGGGGAGUAGGAAGGGGGACCCUGUGCUGAUUGCAACACUGUAUGUCAGACCAGACUUGUUCCUGGAGCACCCCAUCUCUGGAACUCUUGCCAUGUUGUUGAGGCAGCUGAGAUCUCUGUCUCCCACUCUGAUGAUCACAGAUAGACAGUAGUGGAACCAGCUUCCUUAAGCCCCUUUUUGUGCGAACAGAAAAGGGAGCCACGUGAGCCUCGCCCUGUUUCCAGGUGCCAAGUGCCUCUCCCUGCCCGCACCUCUCCCCUUCCCCUGGGCAGAAUUUUGGCACCUGUUUGCCAAUGAAAAGAAAUGUAAAGCAACAAAAGAAGAAAGCAGAUCUUGACUUCCGAGGAGGGAAACCAAAUUUACCCACAAAGGCCCAUUAGACCCCUCUGAACUGGAUCCACUACUGGCCCAAGAAUACUGAUGAGAAACCCUGUCUGGGUUGGGCCGGAAGCUGGAAUUCGAUGCUCUGCAGACCAGUGCUCCAAACUGUGGUUAUUUUUGAGGGACCACCUCCAAUCCAGAACAUUUGUGUUUCACCUUCCUCGCCCAGAUCCAGUUAACAAGCGCACCACCCUGGAAAGUGCAUGUCACAGACCAACUCCACCUUCACCUUCACCACCUGUCGCAUCCUGCAUCCUUCAGACGAGCUCACGCGGGUCACACCAAGCCUUAACUCAGCCCCAACUCCAGCUUGUGGCAGCGCCAGCCACUUGAAAUCCACGCCAGUGGCCACACCAUGCACUCCACGGAGGCUGAGCCUGGCUGAAUCCUUCACUAACACCCGUGAGUCCACAACCACAAUGAGCACAUCCCUCGGGCUGGUGUGGCUGCUGAAGGAGCGGGGCAUUUCCGCAGCCGUGUAUGACCCCCAGAGCUGGGACAGAGCUGGCCGGGGCUCCCUCCUGUACUCCUACACCCCCAAGAUGGCUGUGAUCCCCUCCACCCCGCCGAACUCACCUAUGCAGACGCCCACGUCCUCCCCGCCCUCCUUUGAGUUCAAGUGCACGAGCCCUCCCUACGACAACUUCUUGGCUUCCAAGCCAGCCAGCUCCAUCCUGAGGGAGGUGAGGGAAAAGAAGAACGUCCAGAGCAGUGAGAGCCAGACAGAUGUGUCCGUCUCCAACCUCAACCUCGUGGACAAAGUCAGGAGGUUUGGGGUGGCCAAAGUGGUGAACUCAGGGCGAGCCCAUGUCCCCACCUUGACUGAGGAUCAGGGACCUCUCUGUGGGCCCCCAGGACCAGCACAGGCUCUUGUCCCUAGAGGCCUGGUACCCGAGGGCUUGCCUCUCGGAUGCCCCACUGUCACCAGUGCCAUCAGCGGGCUGCAGCUCAACAGUGGCAUCCGACGGAAUCGGAGCUUCCCCACUAUGGUGGGAUCCAGCAUGCAGAUGAAAGCUCCCGUGACUCUAACCUCAGGCAUCUUGAUGGGUGCUAAGCUCCCCAAACAAACCAGCUUACGGUGAGGACGGGAGGGGGCCCAUUGCCCUGGAGGAGACCAACAUGCUCCGUGUCGCUCCCCGCCUCCCUCUCCCCCUGCAGCGUGCUCGCUUCCCCUUCCCUUCUCUGCCCCGCUCCUGAGCAUCAGCCUCGUGCCUAAUGGGGGAAGAGUGGAAACUUUGUAAAAUGUGUACAUAGGACUCGGAGACCUUGUAUCUGCCCUGUCCCCUCUUUGGACCCCACAGGGAGUGCCCCGCCC